GGCGUGGGUGGAACGGGACGGGAGGCACUCAUGGAUUGGAUCUGAAGCUGGAACGGGAUUGGCGGACAUGUCAGGUUACUUGCUGUAGGCAUGGGAGUGGCAGCCUGGCAGAACAAGCGGAAGCGGAGCGGAGCGGAGGAGAACGAGGAGAGGCGGGCUACAGUCAUUCGACAUGGACCUGCGGGGAAAUGCGCGGCUGCGGAGAGCCAGUCCCAGUAUUUCCGAAGCAGUAGAGAUUGGUUAGAGGGUGAGACUUGUAAGGUUCGGAGAAGGCUUUGGAGGCAAAGGUGCCCCCUCCCGAAGAGAACCGCAACCGAAAUGGUGCGUGGGAUGGGAGGCAAAGGGGGAACUCCGCCACGAUGAGUCACCCCGCCGCUCCCCGCCUUGGGUAAGGGAAAGAAGGGAUGCAUGCACUGCACUGCACCACAAUGCAAUGCAACUGCCCUCCUGAGCCCUGACCUGACCGACCACACAC